CAGAAUCCCGCGUAGUUUUCCAACGAGCGAGUUGUCGUGUUCGCUCCUCUCCGCCGUACUGCCGUCAGUUGAGGUCAUCAAACUCCGCGCAAAAGAAUGCGUCUUUUACAACGCGGCAACGCUGGCGAGUUCAGCCUGACUAAGGACCUGGUUGGCGAUAAUAUUCCCCCGUAUGCGAUACUUUCGCACACAUGGGGAGCAGAUACAGAAGAGGUCACCUUCAAAAACCUGAUAGAUGGCACCGGCAAGGGCAAGGCUGGCUAUAACAAGAUCCUGUUCUGCGAAGAAAAAGCAGCUAGCCACGGCCUACAAUACUUCUGGGUAGACACUUGCUGCAUCGACAAGUCAAGCAGCGCCGAGCUUCAGGAGGCUAUUAACUCUAUGUUUCACUGGUACCGCAAUGCGGCUAAAUGCUACGUCUAUCUCUCGGAUGUUUCGAGCCCUGCCUUCGACGCCGACGAUAAAUUCAGCCAGCUGCCCUGCAAAUCGGCUUUUCUAGCGAGUAGAUGGUUCACUCGGGGCUAGACGCUCCAAGAGCUUCUUGCUCCGCGUUCGGUCGAGUUCUUUUCUCGAGAAGGUAAUCGACUCGGUAAUAAGAGAUCUCUGGAGCGACAAAUUCGCAAGAUAACGGGAAUCGCUAUUCUAGCACUUGAAGAAGCCCCUUGUCUCAGUUCGGCGUUAAUGUGCGAUUGUCAUGGGUAGAAAACCGCUAAACCACGCGCAAAAAAGACAAGGCGUACUCGCUACUAGGUAUAUUCGACGUCUACAUGCCGCUCAUCUAUGGCGAAGGGGAAGAUAAUGCGUUUAAACGGCUCCGGGAGGAGAUCAAUAAGCCUUCGAAG